UAUUUUAUUUUUUGGGCAUAACAAACAAAUUUUAUAUAUUUUUAAAAUUAAACAUUAUUACAAUUGUUUGCCGCUGAAGACGGCAAUAGAAAUCUCAGAACUCACGUCCACUAGUUGCUUUAGGCUUAGUGUGUGAUAUUGGGAAGUAAAUUUGUAACUACUGGCCAGAAGUUGUUAUACAAAAAUCACCAAAUUCCAAAAUAUUUCUGUAGACGUCGUUUAUGUGUCAUUCCCAAAACACUUGAACAAAUAACAAAAACAAACAAAAAAUAUCAAAUACAACGUCAGAGACAUUGUUGGCUGCCUCAUCAGCAAAGUAAAACCUUAAACAGAAUGGUCAGUGCAGAUGAAACGGCUGUUACCUAUUUGGAAAUUCCUGACAAAUCGGAGAAUGAUAAGAAGCAUUACAAAACGCUAGUCUUGGCCAACGGUUUACAUGCCCUGCUGGUAUCGGAUCCCAGCCCAGUGCCUCAUGAUGGUCUGACAACAUCUUCCUGUGAAACAGGAGAUUCCUGUGCCGAAGAAUCCAGUGAGAGCAGUGAUGAAGAAUCAGGUAGCUCGAGUUCUGAAGGUGAAGAUUCCGAUGGGGAUUCGGAAGAGGGUGAUGAGAAACUUGCUGCCGUGGCAUUACUUGUUGAUGUGGGAUCAUUCACAGAACCCACCAACUAUCAGGGUCUGGCUCACUUUCUGGAGCAUAUGAUUUUCAUGGGUUCCGAAAAAUAUCCCACAGAAAAUGCUUUCGAUGCCCAUAUAAAGAAAUGUGGAGGAUUUGACAAUGCAAACACAGAAUGUGAGGAGACUCUGUACUAUUUUGAGGUGUCAGAGGAACAUUUGGACAGUAGCAUGGAUUAUUUUACGGCCUUGCUCAAAGCUCCUCUGAUGAUGAAGGAAGCAAUGGCCAGGGAACGUGAAGCCGUCGAAUCUGAAUUCCAACAAACUCUGCAUGACGAUGAGGCUAGGCGUGACCAAUUGUUGGCAAGUUUGGCCAACAAAGAUUAUCCCCACAGCACGUUUACUUGGGGCAAUUUAAAGUCUUUGAAGGAAAACAUUGACGAUGAUGUGCUACACAAAGAUUUGCAUGAAUUUUGUAAACGUCACUACAGUGGUCAUCGUAUGUAUGUGUGUGUACAGGCCAGGUUACCCAUCGAUGAACUAGAAAACCUUGUGGUUAAACAUUUUUCGGAUAUCCCUAGUAACAAUAUGGAUGGAAAAGAUUUUGCGAUCUACAAUUAUCGUGAGGCUUUUAGUCCCGAGUUCCACAACGAGGUUUUCUUUGUGAAACCGGUGGAGAAUGUGUGUAAAUUAGAACUGACUUGGGUUUUGCCACCCAUGACAAAACUGUACAAAUGUAAACCGGAUCAUUUCCUCUCAUAUCUGAUUGGCUAUGAGGGCGAGGGUAGUCUGUGUGCAUAUUUGAGGAAAAGAUUAUGGGGCCUGGAACUGAUUGCUGGCGUAGAUGAGUCUGGUUUCGAUACAAACUCCAUUUACUCAUUGUUCAAUCUAUGCAUUUAUUUAACGGAUAGUGGUUUCCAACAUCUGGAUGAAGUUUUGGCAGCCACCUUUGCCUAUAUAAAACUAUUUGCCCAGUGUGGUUCGCUGAAGGAGGCCUAUGAAGAAUUGGCAAACAUCGAGGCCACCAGUUUUCGUUUCGCCUCUCAAAAGGCAGCUUUUGAUAAUGUACAAAAUUUGGUUGUGCGUUCCAAAUAUUAUCCCUCCAAGGACAUAUUGACUGGCACUGAACUCUAUUUCGAAUACAACGAAGAACAAAUCCAGGAUGUAAUCAAGCACCUGAACGAGUUCACUUUUAAUAUAAUGAUAACUUCGCAACAGAAAUAUGAUGGCAUUAAUUAUGAUAAGAAGGAGAAGUGGUUUGGCACGGAAUAUACCUCCAUAAAAAUGCCCCAGAAAUGGCAAGAUUUGUGGGAUAACUGCGAAUCGAUGCCGGAAUUGUUUUUGCCAAAACCAAAUCGUUUUAUAUCGAACGAUUUCCGUUUGUUUUGGGUGGAGAAUGGCAAGCCGGAAAUACCUCUGGGGCCAAAGAAAAUUCUGCAAACGGAUAUAUGUGAACUGUGGUUCAGACAAGACGAUAAGUUCGAGUUACCCGAUGCUUUCAUGUAUUUCUAUUUUGUAUCGCCUUUGUUAAGGCAGAGUCCUAAAAACGAUGUAAUGUGUGCUUUGUAUUCCCAUUUGGUCAAAUAUAAAUUGGCUGAGGAUUUGUAUCCAGCCACAGUGGCAGGCCUAAAUUAUCAAUUUUAUUCAGCUGAAAAGGGUGUUGUUUUAAAGACUAAUGGCUAUAACGAGAAACUACACAUGGUGGUGGACUUGAUAACAAAAUCUAUGGUCAAUAUGCGUGACCACAUUACAGAGGAGCAAUUGGAGGCUUUUAAGAAACACGUAAAGAAAGGCUAUUUUAAUGCCUUGAUAAAACCAAAAGCUUUGAAUAAAGAUAUACGUUUGACAAUAGUGGAGAACAUACGCUGGACCAUGAUUGAGAAAUAUAAAUGUCUAAAUGACAUUACCUAUGAGGAUAUGUUGGAUUUCGCCGAGAACUACACCAAAGAGCUGUAUGUUCAGGCUUUGAUGCAGGGAAAUUUAACCGAGGAGGUGGCCCAUAAUGUCAUGAAUUCCGUGUUGACCACAUUGAAUUGCCAGAAUAUUAAGGAGACAAAAUAUAUUGAAAAUAGAACGGUACAAUUACCCCAGGGUUCACAUUAUAUACGCUGUCAUGCCCUCAAUGACAAGGAUGUCAAUACUGUGGUCACCAACUUCUAUCAAAUUGGCCCCUGUUCGGUGCGCAUUGAAAGUAUUUUGGAUUUGCUGAUGAUGUUUGUCGAUGAACCUCUGUUUGAUACGCUGCGAACCAAGGAACAGUUGGGAUAUUAUGUUGAUUCUACGGUGCGCAUAAAUUAUGGCAUUGCAGGCUAUUCGAUUACGGUUAAUUCGCAAGAAACCAAACACACUGCAGCGCAUGUCGAUGAGCGUAUUGAAGCAUUCCGCAGCAAAAUGUUACAAAUUCUCGAUGAAAUGCCACAGGACGAGUAUGAACAUGUACGGGAGUCACUGAUAAAAAUAAAACAGGUGGUGGAUAUGUCGCUCAAUGACGAGGUGUCACGUAACUGGGGUGAAAUAACCUGCGAGGAGUAUCUCUUCGAUCGCAAACGCAAAGAGGUGGAAAUAUUGAGAACGCUAAAUAAACAAGAGAUCAUAGAUUUCUGUUUGAACAACGAGAGAACCAAUUUGCGUAAGCUGUCGGUUCAGGUUAUUGGCAAUGUUGGGGAAAACAAUGCUGGCGAGGCAAUGGAAUCGGCAGAAUCGGAAAAUGAUCACGAUGAGGAAGACGCUGAAGAAGACGACGAUGAGGACAACGAAGAGUUGUUCAAUGCCUUGGCCAAUAAAUUGGACUUGAAGUUCAUACCUAGAGAGGGUGAUGCCACCACAAUUGUCGAUAUCAAUGACUUUAAGGAAAAUCUCCAUGUGUAUCCCAUAACGAAAACAAAAAUUGAAAUACCUGUAAUAGAUACAGAAAACAGUGAUCGUUCUACACCUGGUGGUGCCAUGGAUAUAAUAGAGGAUUGCUAAUCUACCAACAACAACAAGAGAAACAGUGAUUGACCCUUCAAUAUACAAAUUAUGUGAGAAACAAUAUUGCCGCAAUUUAUUUCAAUAGACUUUAAAAAAAUUUUAUUCAAAUUCAGAAUUUGAAUUCGAUUGCUCUCAAAGUGUUUUUUUUUUUAAUUUUUUCUAUUUAAAUAAAUUUACUAAUUUAAUUCAAAUAAAUAUUACACAUUUGAAAAUAAACAACAACAAGUAUGAAGUAGUUAUUGAGUUUCGAAUUCCUUUGAGCGGAACAAAUUUCCUUUGUACUUACCCAACUUUUAGGAUUCGAAAUAAAAUAAAAGAUUCGCAUGCAUUUACUGGUUAUAUGGGGUCAUAUUGAUUUAUUUAGCGAUUCGUAUAAAAAAUAUUUAUAAUUAAUAAGAUGUAUAACAAAAAUAUAGAAUAUUAUUUAUAUAUUCAUUGUUUGCUUAUUUUGAGCAUUUGUCUGCCAAAACAAAAAAUAGAAAAAAAAAAAACACCAUCAAAUGUCUGGUCACGUAGUUACAAAAGUAUUUUACAAAACGAAUUUACAGAAGACUUUCUUUUUUUAGUUAACAAAAUAUGCAUUUGCUUCAAAUAUAUUUUUGGAAUUCUAUACAGUUGUUAUGUAAAUUAAUUCAAGUCGAUAUUUGCACUCACAGUUAUAUAAUAAGUUGUUUGUUUUGCUGUUAUUGGGGGUCUUAUAAAAUAAAUUUAAAUGGAUGACGUGUUCGAAUGGGUGUAUACAAGAUUAUUAUUUUUGGACAUGAAGUGAUUCGUGGCGCUUUACAGGACGACUCCUUAAAAUAAAUAACCAAAGAAAUAUUUCAAAAGAUAACAGGAAA